GUGGGGGGCCGGGGCCGUCCCGGCCGGACCGCGCCCGGGACUGAGGCCAGGAACAGGGACCAGCUCCCCGGCCCGCUGCUCCCCGGCCCGGCCGCCUUCUCCAGACGCCCCAAUCCCGUUUUCAAAGAGCGAUGGAUGUGCUGGGACGAGGCGAGCGUCCAGGCCUCGGUGCGCUCACUCCCCGCCUUCGAGCCGGGAUGCCCGGCUCCCGGAGCAAAGGGGUGCCCGAGUGCCUCGAGCUUGGGGGAAGCAGCGCCGGGCUGCCGUCGGCCAAAGCCGGUGCUGCGGCGCCACCUCGCGGUCUCAGGGAGCACAGCUGGUAGGUCUGGUCUCCAGCGCGUAUUUGCAGGGAUCAAUUUGGCAAUCUAGGAAGCCUCUGACCUUAGAUGAGUUACUCCGCCUUUCUGCACCUGUUUCUCACUGUUCCUAUGAGGGGCACAGGCCCCUAACAGCAAUAAAAUUCUGGUCUGUAACAGACAUUUAUUAAG